UGACAGUAGCAGAUUCUUUGAAGAAAGCCUUGGUAAAACUUAAAGAACAAGAAAAGGAUAAACCUGGAGUUUGUGAAUGUGAGUGACUUAAAAAUGUUUUUCAGAUAAUGAGACUCACUGGGAAAAUGAAUUUAUGGUGUAAAAGUUGUAUAGCAUGAGAAUAUUGUGGGGGGGGGGUUGUAUAAAUGCCGUUAAAGGGUGUUUAAAAGUUGUGGCUGACCUUGGAAACAAGGAUUAUUUUAUUUCAGGUAGUGAAACUGAUGGCGGAAUUAAACCUGGAACAACUUGCAAGAACAGUGGAUGUACUACAGUAAGUUUUUCAGAUUUACUGGUGGGAUAAGUCAACCUUUGAAACAGAUUUCUAACCCUGUUAUUUGUUGUGCUAUUUUUCAGUCAUAUAUCGAUGAAAGUACAAAUGAUGAUAAGUGUUGGCAUCAUUAUGGAGUACCAGUGUUUCACGAAGGGUAAGGAACUGUCAACUUUGAUAGACAAAAUUAGUUUUAAAUUGCUCUUAACUCUCCUGUGUUUUUCUACCCUAGGAAAUGAUUGCACAGCGCUUUUUUCCUAUUAACCCUUUAAGUCCUGAGAGUGACUAGCAUCUAAUUUCUCUUCACAAUAUUACUCCUGAUCUAAUAUUAAAGUUAUGAAGAAAAAGGAAAUGACUGCCAACUUAGGAAGCUUUCAACUGUCCAACAAAUUCUCCUCAUCAGCACCAUUGUGAAUGUAAUGAGAACAGUACGGAGAAUGUGCAUACUGAUGUUAGGGUGUAAAGGGUGAAGGGCAAUUCUCUACAUAGUUAGGGAAUCAAAACAUUUUGACAACAACUCAUGUUGAGAGAAAUGGCUGCUUGGCCACUAUUGCUCAGGGCUUUGGAUCAAAAGAUUUGAGCCCAGACUGGAUCACUUUCAUAUGUUCUUGGGCAAGGCAUCAGACAUUCACAGUACUUCUCUCCACCCAGGAGAAUAACCGGUUCUGGAAAACUGUCAGGGAAUAAUGACAAAAUUCUAGGGAGAGUCCCGGAGAUGGACUUGUUUUAUUUCCUGUCUCUUCGUACCUGAACUCAACUUGCCCUUUCACCCUCUUGAAUGCCUAGCGAGUAAUUUCACUUUCAAAAUGUCAAUACAUUAUCCAACAGUAAAGGUGACAAGAAGAAAGAAAAAUAUCAAUGAGGGAAUAUUGUUUGAUUUAACAUCAAACUCUCACAGAUAUAAUGGUAAGAAAUGUACAGAGGAAAGAGAGGAGAAUUGAUAAUGAGAUCUUGGAAGUGAAGGGUUAAACUUCAGCAGUAUGAACCCCAGGGUUCAUAAGGAUUGACUUUACCUUAACCCAUUUGUUGACAAGGAGUACAAUACACUUUCAACUGUUUUCAGGUAUAAAUUUUGGACUUGUUGUCGGAAACGAACAACAGACUUUGAUGAGUUUUUGAAACAGGAAGGAUGCACCUCAGGGUCUCACAGAUGGGAACUAACAGAAGAGGUAGGUGACAUCCAAAUUGAUGUGUUUGUUGUAAUUUUUGCUGUGCAAGGUCCAUUCAUGAGCUGUAAUGGACAAAGUAUUAUGAAAUACUUAUAUUUAGCAUCAUACAUACAUUUAGAUUUUUAUCUCAUUGAUGUAUUUUUAUUUGCAGGAAAAAGAGAAAAGAGUAUUAUGUCGGUAAGAUUUAUUAGUAACUUUCAAGCUCCCUCAAGAUCAACCAAAUUUAAAUCUCUUUGCUCCCCUUUGUCAGCACUAUUUAACUAAUGCAUUCACUUUAGUCGCUUUUCAAACUUUUUAUAACAUCUACUUGUACAAAACUCUGAUAGAAAUUAGUGCAAAUACUACUCUGGGUGUGUUUUCAAAUACAAAACCUUUGGGUGCAAGGGAUUGUAAAUUCAUAACCCUGAGCAGAGGGGCACUGUACUAAAUUUGCAGUGGAGCUAAAAGAAGAUUGUUUUGGUCAUGUUUACAACCCUUUUACUCCUUUUGUUAUUACACUAAUGGGCAGACAGAUGACGGGAGGUAAGUAAAUUACAGAAACUGAAAUUUGUUAUUAGUUGGGAGACAUAGUUUAAAUCCUGGGAAUGGAUCAUUUAUGAAAGAAUUCCUACACCAACCAUAGAUUUGUGUUCUUUUCUCAGGUAUGAUUGGUACAAGAUGGGAAAUUUUAUUGUCAUUUCAGUAUUUGCCAAACUAAGUGAUCCUCAACAAACUUUUGUAGAAGCAAAUAAAACAGUUGUAAGUUGAAAAUAUGUCCAAAUAUAUAGGUCACUCCACAUAACAAUACGGACUAGUGAUAAUUAACAAGACAAACUGCACCUUACACACUGACUUCCCAGUAACUGUGAAGAGCAGCUACCCUCUUCCAACUGUCAGCCGCCAGAUAAUGUUAAAUGAUAGGCAACCAAAUUCCCUGUGUCUACAACACUUUGCUGACAAGAAACUGUUCUACUCACAUUACCAUUAUACCUUGUGAAUAAGUGCCCAUGCUGUGAAUAAGAACCUUCCUUACAGAUGAGAGCCCACUCCCUUUGAUAAUGUAAAACAAGCACCACCCUCCUCCCUCACUUUCUUAAAUUGUAAGGAUACAAAGAAACCCUUUCCUAUUUACAACUUUUAAGCCUUACCUUAAGCAGAAUCAGUAUAGGAGAAUAAUAAGCCCCCUACCUCCAACAAGGGCCCCCUUUUUUUUAGCUGAGAUUUUAAAUAAGUGCUCAAUUGCAAAAAUGCAGUAACUGAAAAGCACAAUUAUUUAUUUUUACUUCAGGUUAAAGCCCAUGUGGUGUUUGGGGGUUCAAAUAUAUUUGAACUUCAGCUCAAUCUUCAUGGGGUAAGUUGUAAUUUAAAAUUACUUUGGAAAAGUUGGCUUGGAAAUCCAAUAUACAAAAAAUCAAAUCAGUGUUGUAGCAGUUUUUAAAAUGAAUUAUUAUAUUGGUAUUCGUAUCUGUUAGAUCCUGUUGGGAUUUGUAUUUUUCAAGGUUGUUUUAGAUUUAAAGUUAAUAUGUUAGGGCCAUAUGGGAGAAAACAAUAUCCUAUUAUAACAAUAUGCUCUCUUGAAUUUAAGUGUGUGUUGGAUGUUUAUGUUAGAAUGUUUAUUUCUUGGCAGUCAGUUUUGUUGCCAUUUCAGCUCACCAGUAUCAAUUCAAAUCUCGUCGUUUAAGUUGGUGCUGUACAGUUUCCUGACCAACAACAGUAUGAGUGCAGUUUAGCAAAACCCAAUGAAAUCCCUGGUUACCCUAACAUACUUGCCAGACAGACUUUCAGAUAAGCAGACAAGUAGGAAACAUUUACAUCAAUGUUAGUAUUUAAGCAACUGCACACCCAGCCUAGUGCAUAGUUGCUUACUUACUGACAUUGAUCAAAACAUUUCUAGUUGGAAGGAGUUAAAUCUUAUCACUAUGGUUUCUUUUUAAAGGUGAUUAUUCCAGAAAAAAGUUCAGUGAUGUUAUCCCAGACAAAGGUGGAGAUAAAACUACGAAAAGAAGAUAUUGGAAACUGGCCUUCUCUGGAACUAAAGAAAUCCAAGGAAGAAAUCCCAGCGAAAACGGAAGAGUCAAAAUAAAUUCAACUUUCACAAUGCGGAACAUAAAAUACAAAUAACAGAUAGCUACCUCAAACUACAAGUAUCACAAACGUUUUCCUGUGCGUGGCAAUUUUUCUUGUAGUUUUAGAAUCCCUUAAGGUCCUUAUUUAAUCUUCUUGCUCGCUUUUGAAAAAAAGGAAAAGGAUAACAAAGAGAGGAGACAUUGCAGUGCAAUGAUUAUUUGGUUAUUUCGCUAUUGAUUUUCUUUGACAAGACACCACCUGAGCCAUUGAACUCUUUUUUAAUUAAGCUGAGGAACUGGCAAAAAUAGUCCGACAAAAGCAUUGUCAUUAGAACAGAUA